GGGAGGAACACUGGAUGUAUAAAGCUCCGAUCCACGUCGUCAAAACACCUCUGUUGUUGUUUGGGCACGGAAACUUUACGCGUAACCUGGACUUCACAGGCCUAGUGUCAAGCUCAUUUCCUGAGGAUUAAACCUGUAACCGGGAGUGGACUUUGUUCUUGAAACCAAGGCAGGAUUUCAGCAGACACGCCAGUGUUGUAGGCGUCUUCUCAUAUUUCACCCUGCACAUUUAAUGCGCUAUUGAAGGGAACAGUUCCGCAAUGGCUUCCACCGCCCCGGUUCUUCUGCUCCUGUUUGCCCUUUUGUUUUCGCCGACAGUCGCUGAUGAUAAUGACUGCAAGGGCUACUUUUCCAGUAGUGGUGUGUACAAGAACUCCAUCCAUUGCGGUUUUCUUCAGUUUUGCUGUGGGACCUGUGAUAACAGAUACUGCUGUUCCAAUCCGAUAAUUCAAUUAAACGAAGAUGCUCAGGAUGAUUGUUUUUUCAACAACAACUACAUCAACAAUGCAAAGCCUAUUGUUAUAGGCGUGACGAUAACGGGGAUUGCUAUCUUCGUUAUUAUCUUCAUCGUCUGCUGCGUCUGUCCCUGCUGCUGUAUCUACAAAAUGUGCAGAAAUCCCAGACCUGUGAUGGGAGCAACAACAACUACAGUCGUAACAACACAAUACCCUCAGCAGCCGGUCACCCAGGCAGUUCAGUACCCACCAUAUCAACCUAUGCCCCCUCAGUUUGGUUACGGCGCUCAGCCAGCCUAUGGAGGGCAACCCAUGCCAACUGGACCAUAUAAGGGACAGCCAUAUGUAGCAGGACCUCCACCACCAUAUCAGGAGGCUGGUGGCCCAGGAUAUCCUGCUCCCUACAGUCAGGCUGCAUAUGAUGGUGGCCAGGCAGGGUACCCCAUACAACCCCCAGCUCAGCCACCUCAACCAACAGACUACAGCUCGAAACAGCCAGCCUACAACCCCAACUAUUAGUCUCAUUAGUCACCGUGGAUUGUUGAUGGCUACGUAAUUCCAUGACCAGGUUCAGAGAAUAGCGCUAUUGUGGAUUUUACAGCUGCCGUGAACGCAUCCAAUCAUGUUGGAAAUAAAAUUAUUGUUCAUAUUAUUAUUAUUAUUAUUGGUGUUUUUAAAGGGAUAGUAAAGUCGUUCCAAACUCGUAUGACUUUCUUCUUUCAUUGAAUACAGAAGUUAUGCUGAAUGUUAGGGGCUGACAGCCUCAGUCACCAUUCGCUUUCAUUGUAUAGAAAAUAAACGCAAAUGGAAUUGAAUGGUGACUGAGGAUAACGUUUUGCCUUGCUCAAAUCAAAAAACAAAAAAAAGAAAGUCAUAGUGUCUUUGGUGGGUUUGUAGAGUAACUGAUGACUCUUAAUUUAAGCACCAAAGUCAUUUCUUUUACACGUCAUAAAUCUAUUUUUAUCCACUCCAACCAUUACUCGUGACUCCAAGCCAUCUUUUGAGUUCAGUUCCUUCUCGUUUUUGUUUAUCUCCAGUGAACAAAAGGGAAAUGCUUUUUCUAAUUAUAUAUAGAGAGAGAGAGAGAGAGAAAGCGAUAUCUAAAUAUCCUUAAAAAUAUAAAUAUAUUUACUUGAAGCAAUACUGCAUAUGAUUUUAAGGCUUGUUUUCAGAGAAUAUCCAGCAUCUUGAAAUUCUUUGUUCUUGUUUUCAGAAUUAACCUCUCUAAAUUUUGUUAGAUUAAUGCUAAAAAAAAAUGCAAAAAAAACAAUAUUUGAUUUUGAAUAAUUCAAGAUAUAUUGCCUGAUUUUGUUUUAAUAUACAUUAAACAAGUUUGCUCAUUAUAUUUAGAUUAAUUUACUGGAAAACAACAAAAAUACGGAUUAAGACUUUUUUCAGUGCAGUACUCUUUUCCAUCUUUAAAUGUCGUUAAUUGCCUUAAUUAUGAGGCUCAUUAGCUUCAUUUUUGUCCUGAGAACUUGCACACAUGUUUUUGUCGCUUUAUGAAGUUAUGUGGUUGGUGAACAUCAUGGUUAUCGUAAUUCCAGCUUGCUGUUUAGAUGUUUGCGUUUCACCAUUUUCAUUUUAUUCAGGUUUAUGCAUCUGUGAAUGUUCCUGCACAUCUGAAGUGUAUCGAUGUCUCCAUGUAAAAAGAUCCAGAAUAUGCCUUAUUUAAAAGCAGCUUAUGCAGCAAAUUACAUGUUAAUGGGACAGUUCAACAUUUACUCGCUUUCAUUUCCUUCCAAACCCAAAAGGUGUUCAUUGUUACAGGUUUGUAUUAAGCUCUAAUGUCAAGAUUUUCCAUCGUGUGUUUGUGAGAAUUAAAAAAACAAACAGAUGUUAUUUUGGUUUGGUUACACUGACGCACUGUUUUGCAGCGAUCAUGGUGAAUGUAAAAUGUUCUGCGUCACAUAAUUGCCCAAGAUCAGAGCAUUUAUCUUUCUCAGCCGUGAUUAUUUGAAAGUUAAAGUGAACACAUUCUCGCUUUUACAGAUGAAAGUCUUUCAAGGUGAGAAAGAGGGUGAAAUAUUUCAAAUGUCGCUCGACUGACCCGUUUUGGCUUCUUUAAAGACUUAUGACACUUUUGGGCUUCCAUAUUUUGUUUUUAUUUGGUGUAUUGUCAGAUAAUGUUUUUUUAUAAACUGUAAAUGUUAAACUGAUGUUCAAAAGUUUAUAUUACAUUCAUCUCUAUGUUUGCAACAGUAAAUAAAAGUGUUAGAACCAUUCAU